AUGGUUUAUGAACACUUCAGGCAAACCAGAAUUUUUACCCGAUGGAAAAAUAUUUCCUUCACUUCUCAGGGAGGAAAAUGGACCAUCUCAUCUAGUGGAAGGCCUGAGUGGGUUGUUACACAAAACCCUACAAUUACAACUGAAGAACAAACCACUCUCCCUUCUGGCAAGUGGAUUAUAAAUGAAACAGGGCAUGUAGUGUUAAAUGUUUCUGGCAAACGACUUAAUGGGACAUGGUUUAUGAACAUUUCAGGCAAACCAGAAUAUUUACCCUAUGGAAAACCACUUCCUCCCCUUCCUCGGGGAGGAAAAUGGACCAUCUUAUCUUGUGGAAGGCCUGAGUGGGUUGUUACACAAAACCCUACAAUUACAACUGAAGAACAAACCACUCUCCCUUGUGGCAAAUGGAUUAUAAAUGAAACAGGGCAUGUAGUGUUAAAUGUUUCUGGCAAACAACUUAAUGGGACAUGGUUUAUGAACAUUUCAGGCAAACCAGAAUAUUUACCCUAUGGAAAACCACUUCCUAACCUUCCUCGGGGAGGAAAAUGGACCAUCUUAUCUUGUGGAAGGCCUGAGUGGGUUGUUACACAAAACCCUACAAUUACAACUGAAGAACAAACCACUCUCCCUUGUGGCAAAUGGAUUAUAAAUGAAACAGGGCAUGUAGUGUUAAAUGUUUCUGGCAAACAACUUAAUGGGACAUGGUUUAUGAACAUUUCAGGCAAACCAGAAUAUUUACCCUAUGGAAAACCACUUCCUCCCCUUCCUCGGGGAGGAAAAUGGACCAUCUUAUCUUGUGGAAGGCCUGAGUGGGUUGUUACACAAAAAGGGGAAUGUGUAUCACCCCCUCCUGAUGGCGAGUGGAUUAUGCAUUAUACAGGGCAUGCAGUCUUAGUUCCUUACCUAAAAGGGAGGCAUUAUGGGACAUGGUUUAUGAACGCUUCAGGCAACCCAGAAUAUUUACCUGAAGGACAAGAACUUCCGCCCCUUCCUAAGGGAGGAAAAUGGACCAUCUCAUCUUGUCCUAAGUGGGUUCCCAUGUCAAGUACUCAAGGAGCUACUUCAGAACGCCACUACGCACCAACACCCACAAGAUCACAAAUGCCACCCAAAGUGGAAGAUGGCAAUCUCCCUAAUACCAGUUUACAGGAAACAUAUCCAAUAGAUUCUCAUCCUGCCACAAGCAAGGUGUAUCAAGAUGUUUAUAAAACUCUGCAGAAUAUUGAUGAGUGUGUUAGCAAAAUUAUGCACAAACUAGGUUAACACAAUUAAAGUAAGGAUUCAUAUUG